ACGGAGUUGAAACUUUUUCGUUGCACGUUGAAUGGACACAUAGGCGACAUGAGGCAGAUUGGCAAGAUUUUGCGUCGGUACAACGAGAUGAUCGUGCGUUGUUUGUUUGCUUUUGCCAUCUUGGAGAAGGACGAGCAGGACGCGGUGCUUGAAGUGUUUGACAGACGACGCACCAUGUUCAAGUCGCCUGCUCAUGUUACUGCCAUGAUGUUGGACCCCAAGUUUCGAGAGCGCACAAUGUCAGACGACGACGAGAUGCAGCACGGUUUGAAACUCGCUCUGAUUCAGUUUGGGUACCCAGAGCAUUCGGAUCAGCACAACGAGGUCCUGACUGCCAUUGACAAGUUUCAUUCUAGGGAGCUGUCGUUCGACGACGUCGCCGUGGACCGGGGGACGAGGAGCUAUACCCAUCCAGCCUAUUUCUGGGAGUCGAAGGAGAAGAGGUUCCUACACACGACCUUCUUCGCUGGCAGGAUACUGCGUAUGUGGGCGACUGCAUCGCCUUGCGAGAGAGCUUGGUCCCGUUGGAGUUUCAUCCACUUCAAAUCUCGUAACAGAUUGGAGGUGGCACGAGCUGAGAAGCUCAUGCGAUGCCACUGGAACCUUUGGCUCCUCGACAGGCAGCCUAUGUCGGACGAUGCUCUCAAUGACAGGCCACAUCCGUACGGGAGCUGGGUGCACUACUGGCAGCAGGUGGAGGAGGAGGUGCCCACCGACCAGCAACUUGUCUCAGACCGAGGAGCCCUUGUGACUGUGACACAGGAGGAGUUGAUGCAUGCGAGAGAGAGGAUGCGCGCCGUGUCCUGCAUGGAAGCCACUCGUCGAUUGUGGGAGUCUGACAGGAGGAGGUGUCGUGGCGGCGGUCGCGGAGGUGGUUGUCGGGGUGGUCGUCGGGGCGGUCGUGGGCGAGGCAGGCGUGGAGGUCCAGACGGGAGGCGGAGUGUCGCGAGCCAUGGAAGGACGACAGACGAGCUUUUACGCAAGCCUCAACAAGGAUGGGAUAAGGAAGACUUUUUGUACAAGAGCUCGUCCAUUGGAGGCGUCCCCGCCACGGACACCACGGACGAGACACAACAGCCUGUGGUUGGGUCAUCGCCGACAGCACAGUGCGAUAGAGCUACUGUUUUGCCGACAGUGGCAUUCUAUGUCAGCGGGAGCAGUACUGGGGGGCUGGACAAGCAGGGAGUCCGGAUUGUUGGCAGGCCAUCUGCACUGUCUAUGGAGACACAAUCUACAGGGAGUGUCGAUGGUGCUCGGCACACCGCCAUGACAGAAUUUGAGGACCAACACGGGAGUGUUUUGUCGACGAAGACAUCUGAUGUCCAUGCUACGAGGGCCGCGAAGGCGAGUCUUUCUCGGCCGAGGAAGAAGGCCUCAGCAAGGAAGGCGUCACGUUCGUCGUCACAUAUGCGUUCCCAUAUUGGGCGAUCCAGUGUUGUGCAUCUCGAGAACGGAGAGAUUGCACCUGGCGACGAUGCAUUGGAUGUUCGAGGGAGGGCUGCAACGACGACGGACAGUGUCGCUAGGGAGGGUGCAGGGGAUGCAGUGGCAGGUCAGAAGAGACGAGGCAGUGUACUUAUCGUCCACGACGACAGCACGGAUGUCGCCCAGGAGAGACCACAGGCACUGAUGAUGCGGGGGACUCCGAUUAUAAUCCUAAAGUACGGGCGGCGGACGGAGAUGAUGGAGGAGGGCGACGAGUGAGACAGAGGACACGACUCAGGCCACAUGGGCGGCAACCACAAGGCACACCAUCGGCGACGAUUCUUGGCCGCAUUGAUC